UUAUGAUGGAACGACUCUUUCUUCCUAAUGAUCAAACAACAGUUUUUGGACGGAUCCAAGAAGAGUUCUUGCUAUGUGACUUUCUGUUGGAAUAUUUGAAGACUGCUAAUUGAAGCAAGUGAUGGAUCCUACACUCCAGCAGCACUCCCUCCCACAAUUCAAAUCUUUUCCCCAAGAGACUCCAAUCAAGCCUUCUCAUGUCUCUAACCUGCUUCCUCAUCCCCAACCGAGGAGAAUAUUGCCUCUCCAAACACCUGAGGAGAGCUGCAUUACCAAGUUAGGCCCAAACUGGAGUCCACCAGGAAUAGCAUAUCCAUCAGCGCUUGUUCCAAAUAGCUCCACAAACACUGUUUCCCCUGUGAAUUCUUGGAGAAAAGACAGACUUGGACCUGUAAGUCACAUCGAUCCAUCUUAUGGCAAUGUUCUGGGAAGCCCGGUUAGCAGUGUCACUGCAGUGAGGGAAAAUCUAAGUCCUCUGCAAAACACAAUCCCAUCAAGGCCCGGAUGCUUCAGCUCAUCUGAGGUUGUUCCGUCCAGCCUAACAAAGACUCACACCUCAGCUGAAGAGUCUCAGUCUGGGAGGACUUUAAGUAACCCAUUCCCAGCACUGCACUCCAGGAAUGACCAGAAUUCUGAAUCUAAGAUCCUGUCUUCUAACCCAGAAAGCAACAGCCAUGUGUCGCCAAGACAAGAACCAAAUACGGUAAUUUCCCCUCUCUUCUUUUGA